AUGGCCAUAGGGGAGGAGCUGCACAGCGGGCGCUUCUGGCAGGAGGUGUUGGCUGAGGCUGUGGCAACGCUCAUCUUUACUGGGGUGGUCCUGGGAGCCUCAGCUGCCCCCAGCCCCCUGGUGCCAGCCCUGGCCGGGGGGCUGGCUGCUGCGACACUGAGCUGCGCCCUCGGAGCGCCCCAGGCCAACCCAGCGCUCACCCUGGCGCUGCUCUGCACCCACAAACUGGGUGCCCUGCGUGGGGCUGCAGUGCUGCUGGCACAGUGUGCCGGGGCUGUGCUGGCUGCCACGGCUGCACGCCUGGCGCUGCCAGAUGACAGCGCAAUGGUCAGCAGGGUGAGUGCAGCAGGGACAGCGGGGCAGGCGUUGUGCUGGGAGAUCUUUGCCACCUUCCAGCUGGCGCUCACCGCCUUUGCCUCCACUGACCACGCGGCUGCCCCCACCGGGCUGGCCCUGGGCUGUGCCAUCGUUGCUGGAGCUCUGGCUGCGGGGCCGUUCUCGGGGGGCAGCAUGAACCCGGCCCGCUCACUGGGGCCUGCCGUCGUCACCGGCAUCUGGGACAACCACUGGGUGUACUGGCUGGGACCGGUGCUGGGUGCCGUGCUGGCUGGGCUCUGCUACGAGUUCAUCUUCGGCCCUGGUGCCUCCCGGGAGAAGCUGUGUGCCUGCCUCACCUGCCGGGACGUGGCACUGGUGGAGACCACCAGCCCUUCCCCCUCCUCACCUUCCACUGCCCCCCUCAGUGCUGCUCGUACCCCCCCAGCCUCCCAGGGCCAGGGCACGGCCUGAUGGGAGAACCAGGGGGCUCUGCACUCUUGCCGCCUUCUCCCCCCCCUCAAAGCAUCCUCUUCCCCGUGGGGAUUAAAGGCGGCUUUG